AUGAGAAAUCACGAAAAUCGACCCGCUGGGUCUACACCAUUGCCUGAAGUGGAUGAGGUGUAUUCACAUUAUACUAAGCAUGAAAAAGGUCGUGGUCGUGGCCGUGGACAAGGAAAAAAAAUUCCUCGUGUUAAUUAUUUUCCGAAGAAAAAUAACCACCAAAAGUGGAAAGGGAAAGAAGAGAAGUCAAAGGCAAAUGGUUCAGAAACUGAAUGCUAUCAUUGCGGUGGAAAAGGGCAUUGGGCAAAUAUUUGUCGUAUACCAAGAUAUUUGGUUGAGCUUUAUCAAGCGUCUCUGAAGAAUAAAGGCCUGAAGCUAAUUUUAUCUGUGACAAUGAAUUUGACAUCACCCACUUGGAUGUGGUAG